UCUUUCUACGCCGCCGCAUCAUCACACGUGCCAUGAUGUACCCUCCCAAUACGCCGAAGCCAUCCAUGGCGUACGUUGCGGAGCAGCGCAAAGCGAACCAGCCGCCGCUGCAGGACCUGUAUGAAGACAUCCGCUCGCACGCCCCCUUCUGGAUGCUCCAGUCGAAGCUCAGCAUAAGCGUGCCGGACAAAAACAAGAACAAGGACGGCCCGUUUACGUUGGACAACUCGUACUACGAGCGUCCCGACACGUGCUUGGGCAAGUGCCAAGACAAGAUUUGUGGCCCGCUAAAGUACCAGUACAACAAGGUCGACUUCGUCCCCGUGCUCAAGCAGGUGGACCAGGCAAACGGCGGAAGCCCUCUGUCGCCUAACGCGCCCGCGUCGGGCGACACUAAGUACCUUGCGAUGGGCUCCGUCUUCGAGAACGGGUGCAAGUACUGGCUUGACGACCGAUUCUUCCUCGUCGAGGUGGGAAACCCGUACGAGAUCGGGGGCGUGCCCUUCGCGGGCGAGAUCGGCUCGUACAUCCUCUCAUUCUCGGGGACAGAGGGCCCGGAUGGACUCAUCGGGCAAGUUCUUUGCCAAGACGGCAUCUGCGGUGCCCCGGGCUGCUGCCCCUGCUUUGGGUACGACAAAUGGACGGCCGACAAACUGAAGGUCACGGACAAGGCGAACGACGAACACACGUACUGCGUCUACACGCACGAGCUCGAGGCGAACGACAAGAUGUUUGCCAGCACCGACACGAUGAAGGGCCUGACAGAGGCGCUCGAGGAGUGCCACUUCAAGGACGGCGACAAGAAGAUCACGAUCGUGGGGUGGAGCCUCGGCGGCGCCCAGGCUCAGAUCGCCGCGGUCCGAAUCGCCGUCGAGUACAACGCCAAGGUGCGGCUCAUCACUUUCGACUCCAUUCUCGCCUUCACGCCGGAUUCGGCCGAAGUGAUCGCCCACAACUUGAUCGACAACGACGCGUUCGGCACCGACAAAUUCCCGCAGGAGGGAAAGAUCAACGCGCAGCGGUGGGUGGAGGACGACUCGCCGGCGUCGAUCGCCCCUUUCGUCUGGCCGAUGAUGGGAUGCU